GUUGUGUAGAAACCACUGCUGCUUCUUUUGUGGUCCAUUGGACCUCUUUUCCUUAAUUAAACCGCAGAAUACUUUAAGCCAAUUUUGGCGCAUAAAUUCAUCCUCCUCUCCCGGGCUUCUUCUCCUUAUUCUCCACAUCUCUCUCCUUUAAUCAGCUAAAGCAAAAUAGAGAAGAACCACACAAAAAAAAAUGGCUUCCACCAGCACCAAAAGCAGGAUACUGUUCAUCGGAGGGACGGGUUACAUCGGCAAGUUCAUCGUCGAAGCUAGCGCCAAAUCCGGCCACCCAACUUACGCUCUGGUCAGGGAAUCGACCCUUAAUAGCCCCAGAAGAUCCCAAAUCGUUCACUCCUUCAAAUCCCUGGGCGUCAGUUUCCUCAUUGGCGAUCUGCACGACCAUGGAAGCUUGGUAGACGCAAUGAAGCAGGUGGACGUGGUGAUCUCUACAGUCGGGCAUGGAAUGCUGUCCGAGCAGGUCAAGAUCAUCGCCGCCAUUAAAGAAGCUGGAAACGUCAAGAGGUUUUUCCCAUCGGAGUUUGGGAACGAUGUGGAUCGCGUCGAAGCAGUUGAGCCUGCGAAAUCGGCGUACGACGUUAAAGUCAGAAUCCGGCGAGCUGUUGAGGCCGCAGGGAUUCCGUUCACCUAUGUCUCCUGCAACAGCUUCGCCGGCUAUUUCCUCAGCAACUUGGCUCAGCCCUCCGGCGACGUGCCUCCCAGAGACAGAGUCAUCAUCUUAGGAGAUGGCAAUGCCAAAGCAAUUUAUAACAGGGAAGAUGACAUUGGAACUUAUACGAUUAGAGCGGUGGAUGAUCCGAGAACGUUGAACAAGCUUGUGUACGUAAGGCCGGCUAAGAACAUCUACUCGUUCAAUGAUCUGGUGGGUUUGUGGGAAAGGAAGAUUGGCAAGAACUUGGAGAGACUUUACAUUCCUGAAGAACAGGUUCUGAAGCUCACUAGAGGAGAUGUGAUGAUGGCGCUUAAGCACUCGAUUCUGGUGAAGGGAUGUCAGACCAGCUUUGAGAUCGAGGAAUCAUUUGGAGUCGAGGCGUCGAAGCUUUACCCAGAUGUCAAGUACACAACUGUUGAUGAAUACCUUAACCAGUUUGUCUAGAUUUAUUGCUAUACGAUCAUCUCUCCUUUUCAUUUCCUUGCUAGUUCGUUCCCAGUUGUAAGUUGUAACCCGGUAAUGUCUUCUGUCAACUAUUUUCCUUCUCUGCACUUUGUAUUCUGACGAGGAGAAUAAUACUACAAAUGAACUUUGUACUCCUUUCCUUCGGGUGAUUUGGAACACAAGCAUUGCUCACAGAAGGCAGAAGAAAUUGCUGUAGGCAUCUUGGGCAACUGUUUUGCAUAAUAACAGUUAGUAACGAAACAACUAUGUCGAAUUUCGGUUAAUGGGUCACGUUGAAUUCGUAUCCCUUAAUGCAAUAGGUAUAGUAGCUAGCAAAGCGAAGAAAACUGAGUAUACAGA